AUGCCGUUUGAUUUUAGUGGAAAGAAGGUCCUUGUUACAGGAGCAGGAAAAGGGAUAGGACGAGAGGUUGCUAUUGCAUUGAGUGAAAGUGGCUGUAAAGUAUACGCCCUUAGUAGGACAAAGUCAACGCUUGAUACAUUGGUGGAAGAACAUCCAAGCAUUGUGCCUAUUGUAGCGGAUUUAUGUGACUGGAACAAUACGAGAGAAAAGUUGGAGAACCUAGAAGUUUUGGACGGUCUGGUAAAUAAUGCUGGUAUAGCAGGGCACGAAUACGAGGCUGUGGAUUGUCCGAGGGAAUAUAUUUGGAAAAUACUGGACAAUAACCUGCUUAGUUCAAUAAACUGUUCACAAGCAGUUGCAAAGAAAAUGAUAGAAGCCAAUAUAAGAGGAUCGAUUGUCAACAAUUCAAGCAACGGCAGUUUAGCUGCUUUCCCGAAAGGAUUACCCUAUAACGUGUCUAAGGCUGGAAUGGAUAUGGUUACAAAGCAAUUGGCACUUGAGCUCGGACCUCAUGGAAUACGAGUAAAUUCCGUGAAUGCAGCACUUGUUAACACAUCGCUUGUUCAAAAUAUGAUCAAGCAAGGAAAGUUGUCAGAAGAGACCUUUACCUCUAGGACGCCAAUGGGCAGGAUCCUUAAACUUCAGGAAAUAGUCGAUCCAAUUCUGUACUUACUGAGCGAACAUUCAUCGAUGGUUACAGGGCAGAUGCACGUUGUCGACGGCGGUUGCAUGUCAAAUAUUACAGUUAAGGUAUAA